AGCUGAGGGCUGCGGUGGGCUGGGGAGCUACCGCGGAGGGCGCUUCAGCGAUGUUUUACUCAGGGCUCCUCACCGAGGGCGGCCGCAAGGAGACAGACAUGCGAGAGGCAGCGUCCUUGCGGCAGCAGCGCCGGAUGAAGCAGGCUGUGCAGUUCAUCCACAAGGACUCCGCAGACCUGCUGCCCCUGGACGGCCUCAAGAAGCUGGGCUCGUCCAAGGACACGCAACCUCAUAACAUUCUGCAGAGGCGCCUCAUGGAAACCAACUUAUCUAAGCUCCGAAGCAGUCGUGUCCCUUGGGCCUCCAAGACCAACAGAUUCAAUCAGUCUAAAUCUGAGGGGCUAAAGAAGUCUGAGGAUGAUGACAUGAUUUUGGUUUCUUGCCAGUGUGCUGGAAAGGAUGUGAAAGCCUUGGUUGACACAGGCUGUCAGUAUAAUCUCAUCUCUUCAGCCUGUGUGGACAGAUUGGGACUCAAGGAGCAUGUCAAAUCCCACAAGCAUGAAGGAGAGAAGCUUUCUCUACCCCGGCAUCUCAAAGUUGUGGGCCAGAUUGAGCAUCUAGUGAUCACACUGGGAUCCUUCCGCCUGGACAGCCCAGCAGCUGUAAUUGAUGACAAUGAGAAAAACUUGUCCCUUGGUCUCCAGACUCUCCGAUCCCUGAAGGGCAUCAUAAACCUGGAUAAGCACAGGCUGAUCAUAGGGAAGACAGACAAGGAAGAAAUCCCUUUUGUAGAGCCAGUUUCCUUGAAUGAAGACAACACUUCCGAAGCGUAACGACAGCCUGCAGCAUGUCUGCACAUAUGCACACACGUCAUGUUGACAGAUUGAGAAAACUGGUUUUGAACCAAAUGCAGUAGCAACUUGCUGUGGACCAAGUCCUUCCCUCUAAUAGACGCUCCCAAGGCUCCUCCUCACCCAGACCUCUCUAGACUUUAGUCUGUGCUUAGAGAUAUUGUCUGGUUAUAGCCAUUGUUUUUUACUCCUUUGACCACUUAAUUUAUAGACCUUUUGACACUGCCAGGUCUCCUUAUGGCCUAUUUCUCUGCUUCCUCCAGGAAUUUGCUUUUAUUAGUCAAGUAUAGGGGCUGCCAGGUUCUAUUUCUCCAUGGACAGACACACUUGCUUCUUUUCCUGUAGCUAAAUGUAUAAUAAACAAGAACCUGACCUUUACCUUCUUUCAGCUGUUUCAAAGAGGUAUAGGAUACCUAUGUCUUGGAAUUAGGAAUUAGGAUUCCUUCUAAUUCAUUCUUUGAUAUCUUAAGUAUGAAUUUAUCUGAAAGAAUCCAAAGAGAUUAUCUAUUUCAACCUUUUCAUUUAAAAGUCCAGAGAAAUAAGUAAAUUGCUGAAGCUCAUGUACUGAGUCAGUGGUAGAGAGAGACUAGAACUCAGAUCUGACUUCCAAGCCAAGGCUAUGUUUAUUCUCCUAUGCUGCCUCAUUUGUCUUGAAGCCUUGAGAGCAGGGAGAAGAGAUGCCAGUGUAUAAAAAGGAAAAAAAUAUGCUUUGGGGCUGGAUGCUAGGGGGAUCUGGGUAGCCCUCUCUCCUGUGUACUAAAUCUGCUACAAGUCCCUGGCCCCAAAAUAUGCUAUCUAAACAUUUAUAUUGGUGCCUGAUAGCUGAGGGUGAAAAAAUGAAGGACAUGGUCUCUCACCUUGAACUUUUGGAGGGGAGAAUGGGGAGGGAGCUACAGAAUGGGGAAGGAAUGGGAAAGGAACAUUAAUACCUCUCUAAGAUGGAAUUGAAAGCUUCAGUUUCUAAUUUGGGCAUUAUUGUCAGAUGUUUAUUACCCGCCCCCCCCCCCCCAAGAUCCAGUUAGUACUUUUGCCUAGCCUCAGGUCUGAAGUAGCUGAGAACAGGAGUAGAAAAAGGAGAUGAAAAAAUUCCUGAGCAGGGCCCAAAGUAGGUGGAAUGACUGGGUAGAAUCAGUUGGUGGGGAGACCUACUAAGGAAAACUUUUCUAGGAUGGAAGUAGGGGAUAAAACUUCCAGGCAGGGAAUUGAGGGGUGGGAAGCUGUUCAGAUCUGGCUUGGAAAGAGGCAGGUCAGGAGAUGGCAGUGAUAAGGACAACUUUAACUGCCCAGUAUUUCUGGAGUCCUCUCAAAGGUUUGGGGAAAUCAUGAAGCUUGUUUUUGUUGGGGUGUCAGCUUAGGUACAUCAGUAUCUGUAAUGGAGUCUCCCCUUCAGUUUGGUCAUAAAAGUGUUCAGACAAGUUCACAGAAAUGUUGCUAUAUUAGGUUAUUUUCUUGGGGUAGAGUAGGAACAUGUUGGAAGUAAAGUAAUUAUCUUAUGUUAGUUGUCUUUUUCUUACUUCCUUUUUAUGGUUUGUUUGAAAUGUUUUUUUAUUGUAUGUUUUUUUUUAAAUUUUUUUUAUAUAGUUGAUUUUAAAAAAAGAGUUAAUUUAAAAAAAAAAAAAAGUGUUCAGAGAAGUCAGAAAAAUAACCAGUUGUGAGUAUCCCUUUAAGGGAUUCCUAAGUCUACCCUGGGUUCAUAGCUAUAAUUCCCAGAGUGUUUCAUGAUUCCAUUUUGAACCUUUGCAGGCCUCACCAACAAUCUGUAGUCUAGUUCUCAGUGACUGCCCCUACCAAGUAGCUCUUUGGAACUCUCAACUUCUUGGCCUCACAGAAUCUCCCCAAGGACUAGGAUCUUGGUGACCCCCAUUUGAUCAGCUGGACAGCCCUACUGAAGCCAGCUGUCACUGGGUCAUUCCCCAGGUCCCCUUCCUCUCAGCCUCUCCAGAGGAAGGUAGGGAAAACUAAGUACAGCCACAGGGGUGGGGAGGCCACAUCUGAAGCUCAGUAGAGUGAUCCCAGGGUACCAAACUUCAGUGCUCCCUCCAGCUUCACCCCAUUCUGUUACCUAGGAGGGGCCUGCACCUUUCCACUGAGUCCUCCCCAUUUUCCUCCCCUACUUAUGACAUCACUGUGGCCUACUUCUUAUCCUAGGACUGAGUUAAAAUACUUCACACCCUAAUUUCCUCCUUGGAAGUUCCACUCCAAGCCUUGAUUCUUGGCCACAAGUGAGGCAUCUUGGCCUGGUUUCUCCUUAUUUGGAUUCCCUGUGGACCAAGUGAGGCCAAGAACCUUAGGUUCUAGAAAGACAUGGUUGCUUCUAGCCCUUUGACUUCAGAAUUAUAUGGUGUCAGGGGGGUGAUCAGAUGGCUUUUAGUGGUCCUUCUGGCCUCUGAGAGUCAGUGAUCUUUCAGUUUUGGAAUAGAAACAAUUGGGGUGAUCUGAAUUUAGGAUAGCACAAUCUCAUUCAAUGCAGUAGAAUUAUUUGCAUUAUCUAACCAGGUAGUUGUAUUUUAAACCUCAGGCUUGAUAGAGGCACCUAAAAAUGUCCAGAGACAAUUAUGGGUAGUCUUGAGUUUCACAAGCCUUUUUAAAAUGCUGCCAAGUUGAUUACUCUGCAAAGUUGGUCCUUUUAGGGGAGUAGCAAAGUGAGCAAGUAGUCACUUCAGAGUCAGUUCUUUUCCCCAAAUCCUAGACAAUUAUCUCCGUGUAUCUCUGGUAGAAGGGAAGCAGAUGUCUUCCCAAGUCUACAGGAAUUAACCUUAUAGAACUGUUACCUGUCUCAUUCCUUAUUAGAUGUCAGUCUCUAAUACAGGGAGUUUGAAAAAUACUUGCUUUUAUCAUUUGGUAUUUGUAUGCCUGAUUCAUCUGAGGAAUGAAUGUUUUCUCAUUUUUCUAUUUUCUUGCCCUGCACAGACCUCACCUGGUAAGAUUUUCUAUUCCUUAGCUCCAAGAGUCCAUAGAAUGCAUUUCCUGGUAUGUCAGCUGCCUUCACGCUGUGCAAUAGAAAUAUCUUUCCAGGCUGGAAACAUGGAAUUGAACUGGAUUCUUCCCUCCUUCUGAUGCCGGGCCUCUGCACUGGCACUUUAUCUGUUCAGUGUUUCUGACUGUGUUGGGUUUAUUUGUGAGAUUGAUGUAACAAUAAAUUGAAUCUUGCCCCUCUCUGUGCUUGUCUGACAAAGUCUCUGUGUCAGGACCCCAGCUGGAAGGUUGGGGAACCCAGGCAUAGACUAGUUUUUCUCUCAUAGGGUCUUUUGAAUAUAGGCUUUGUGCUCCUUAUUUCCUCCAUUGCUAUGGGCCCUUCAGCUCCCUCUUACUGGCUGUAUUCCUCAGGAAAAUUACUGAACCUCUCUGAGCUUGGUUUUGUAAUCUAUAAAAUAGGCUUACUGAGAGUGUCAAAUGAGAUAAUUCUUAUAGAAUGGUAAUAUAUGAUAAGCACUCAAAGUGUUAAACAUAAAAGAAAACAGUCUCUUGGUGGAUGAAUCAGCAGGGUGUAAGAGAACACUUAUUUCUAAAGAAGGAUAUAUUUCUUUAGUUCAGACAAAUAGGAGAGGUAUAGGAAGGGGAAAGAUUGAAUGAACUUUAAUAUAUAGUUAAAGCCAUUGUGUAUAUGAAAUUCCAAAUAUAUUUUACAGAUGAUGGAAACUUCACUUUUAAAAGUUAAUAUUUUUAUUAUUUAAACAGUAUGGUUAAACAAUCCACAAACAACUUGCCUUAACUAUGACAGUGGCUAUCAUAAUCUAGAAUUAUGGUUCUGCUGCUACUCAAAAGAUAUCACAAAAGGUUUUCUGUUUUGUUUUUAUCCAUUGAUUCUAAAUAUGAAAAAUGGCUAAAGGAUUACUGUUCUAGUUUGCUAAUGCUGCGGAAUGCAAAACACCAGAGAUGGAUUGGCUUUUAUAAAAAGGGGGGUUUAUUUGGCUAUACAGUUACAGUCUUAAGGCCAUAAAGUGUUCAA